AUGGCUGCCGAGGAGCAGCAGACGGUGCCGACUGCGGCCACCGCCGGAGCCACCCACAACACUGCAACCACAACAACAAACGGCGCCGAGGCCACCAUCGCGCCGUCCACCUCUGCCGAUGUUUCCUCGAGCAAUGCCUCCGUCGAAGGCUACUGGGGCGAUGCCGACCCCGGCGGGCCCGUCCGUCGUGAAUCUGCCCGCCAGGGCUACGACGAGCUCCAGAGAGAGCUGAGCCGCCGGGCCAGCAACGUCUCGGGCGCAUCCAAGGCCAAGAGCCAGACGGGCGGCGGCCAGAAGGGAGGUCUGCUCUCGGCGCUGCGCAAGACGAAGCGGGAGCCCGACGUCGAGGCCGACAGCCAGGAGACCAAGCGCAACGAGGAUGACUUCCAGCUCGACGAGUUUAUGCGCCAGGGCCACCUCGAGAAGCGCCACCCGGAGAGCGGCGAGUCGACGAAAAAGGUCGGCGUCCUCUUCAAGAACCUGACCGUCAAGGGCGCGGCCGUGAGCGCCAUGACGGUCCGCACCCUGCCGCAGGCCAUCCUCGGCACCUUUGGCCCGGACCUCUACGGCCACAUCACCAAGCUCGUCCCGGCCCUCAAGUUUGGCAGCAAGGGCAGCGGGCCCGAGAUCCGCGACCUCAUCCACGACUUCACCGGCGUGGUGCGCCCCGGCGAGAUGAUGCUCGUCCUCGGCCGCCCGGGCUCCGGCUGCACCACCUUCCUCAAGGCCGUCGCCAACAACCGCAAGGGCUACGUCGCCGUCGAGGGCGACGUGCGCUACGGCGGCAUCGACGCCGCCGAGAUGGACCGCCGGUACCGCGGCGAGGUCGUCUACAACCCGGAAAACGACCGCCACCUGCCCUCGCUCACCGUCGGCCAGACGCUCGACUUUUCGCUGCGCACAAAGACCAAGAAGCACGACAGCGGCAGCAUCGGCCUCAUCGUCGACUCCUUCCUCAAGAUGUUUGCCAUCUCCCACACCAAGAACACAAACGUCGGCGACGAGUACACCCGCGGCGUCUCGGGCGGCGAGCGCAAGCGCGUCUCCAUCGCCGAGACGCUCGCGACAAAGUCGACCGUCACCUGCUGGGACAACUCGACGCGCGGCCUCGACGCCUCGACGGCGCUCAACUACGCGCGCUCGCUGCGCAUCAUGACCGACGUCUCGGACCGCACCACGCUCACGACCCUGUACCAGGCCGGCGAGGGCAUCUACGAGCUCAUGGACAAGGUGCUCGUCAUCGACCAGGGCCGCAUGCUCUACCAGGGCCCCGCCGCCGACGCCCGCCAGUACUUUGUCGACCUCGGCUUCCUCGCGCCCCCGCGCCAGACGACGGCCGACUUCCUCACGUCCAUCUGCGACGUCAACGCGCGCCGCUUCCGCGACGGCUGCGAGGCGAGCUGCCCCAAGACGGCCGCCGAGCUCGAGGCCGCGUUCCUCGCCAGCGACGCCCACGCGCGCGUCCUCGCCGACGUGGCCGACUACGAGCGCCACCUGGCGGCGACGAGCCACGCCGACGCCUCCACCUUCCAGCAGUCCGUCUCCGAGGCCAAGUCGCGCACCGUCCUCGACAAGAGCAACUACACCGUCAGCUACUGGCGCCAGGUGCUCGCCUGCACGCGCCGCGAGUUCUGGCUGCUCUGGGGCGACAAGCAGACCCUCUACACAAAGUUCUUCAUCAUCAUCAGCAUGGGCCUCAUCGUCGGCUCGCUCUUCUACGACGUCGCCGACGACACCUCCGGCCUCUUCCUGCGCGGCGGCGCUGCCUUCUUCUCCAUCCUCUUCCUCGGCUGGCUGCAGCUGUCGGAGCUCAUCCGCGCCAUUGCCGGCCGCGACGUCAUCGAGCGCCACAAAGAGUAUGCUUUCUACCGCCCGUCCGCCGUCAACUUUGCCCGCAUCCUGGCCGACUUUCCGCUCCUGUUUGUCGAGGUCGUCGUCUUUGGUCUCAUCCUGUACUUCAUGGUCAACUUUGACCUCGACGCCGGCAAGUUCUUCAUCUACCUGCUGUUCAUCUACACAACCACCAUCUGCAUCACGGCCCUGUACCGCAUGUUUGCCGCCAUCAGCCCGUCAAUCGACGACGCGGUCCGCUUCUCCGGCAUCACAUUCAACCUGCUCCUCAUCUUUGCCGGCUAUGCGAUCAGCAAGCCGACGCUGCUGGGCAAGAAGAUCUGGUUCGGCUGGUUCUACUGGAUCAACCCCGUGUCGUACGCCUUCGAGGGUGUCAUCUCCAACGAGCUGUCCAGCCGCAACAUGCAGUGCGCCCCCAGCCAGCUUGUGCCGCAAGGCCCCGGCAUCAUGCCCGAGAACCAGGGCUGUGCUGUGCCUGGCUCGGCUGCCGGCGCCACCACUGUCAACGGCGCCGACUACCUCAGCGCAAACUACGACUACCACCGCUCCAACCUGUGGCGCAACUGGGCCGUCCUGAUUGCCUUUUCCGUUCUGUACAUUCUCGUCACCGUGCUGGCCACCGAGACCCUCUCAUUUGCCACAUCUGGCAUGGGCAUCCUCAUGUUCAAAAAGUCCAAGGCCGGGGCCGCCGCCGCCAAGGACACCAAAGCCGCCGACGAAGAGUCCGGCAAGAAGGAGACGCAGGGCAACGACACGCUGCAGCGCCAAAUCACCACCCCCGACGAGAUUCUGCAAGAGUUUCAGCGCAGCGAAAAGAUCUUUACCUGGGAAAAUGUCAACUACACGGUUCCUACCGCCGAUGGCCCGAAGAAGCUGCUCAACAACGUGCAAGGCUACGCCAAGCCCGGUGUCAUGGUCGCUCUUAUGGGUGCCUCGGGUGCCGGUAAGACGACGCUCCUCAACACUCUUUCCCAGCGCCAGACUGUCGGCGUCGUCGAGGGCAGCAUGCUCGUCGACGGCACGGCGCUGCCCACGGACUUUCAGCGCGGCACCGGCUUCGUCGAGCAGAUGGACCUGCACGAAGAGUCCACCACGGUCCGCGAGGCGCUCGAGUUCUCCGCCCUCCUCCGCCAGAGCAAGGACAUCCCGCGCGAGGAGAAGAUUGCCUAUGUCGACAAGAUCAUCGACCUGCUCGAGAUGCAGCCCAUCGAGGACGCCAUUGUCUUUUCCCUCGGCGUCGAGCAGAAGAAGCGCCUCACCAUCGGCGUCGAGCUGGCCGCCAAGCCCUCCCUGCUGCUCUUCCUCGACGAGCCCACGUCCGGCCUCGACUCGCAGUCGGCCUUUUCCAUCAUCCGCUUCCUGCGCAAGCUGUGCGCCGCGGGCCAGGCCAUCAUCUGCACCAUCCACCAGCCGUCGUCGGAGCUCAUCGAGCAGUUUGACCAGAUCCUGGCGCUCAACCCGGGCGGCAACGUCUUCUACUUUGGCCCCGUCGGCGAGAACGGCAGCGCCGUUGUCGACUACUUUGCCGCGCGCGGCUCGCGCUGCCCCGACGGCAAGAACGUCGCCGAGUUCCUCAUCGAGCAGGGCGCCAAGCCCGCCGGCCGCGCGUUCUGGAACGAGCAGUGGCUGCAGUCGGACGAGAACAGGAAGCUGACCGAGGAGAUUGAGCGCAUCAAGCGUGACCGCGGCGCAGCCGCGGCCCAGCUGGAGCACGAGGCGGGCGGCGCGACCAAGAAGGACGAGUUUGCGGCCUCGGCGUACACGCAGACGAUGCUGCUGACCCGGCGCAUGUUCAUCAAGCAGUGGCGCCAGCCGUCGUACGUGUACGGCAAGUUCUUCGUCGCCGUGCUCAUCGGCAUCUUCAACGGCUUCACCUUUUGGCAGCUCGGCAACACGGUCGCGGACAUGCAGAACCGCAUGUUCACGUCCUUCCUCGUGCUCCUCUUCCUGCCCGCGACCAUGAACGCCGUGCUGCCCAAGUUCUUCAUGGACCGCGCGCUGUGGGAGGCGCGCGAGUACCCGUCGCGCAUCUACGGCUGGGUCGCCUUUUGCUCGGCCUCGAUCCUCUCCGAGAUCCCCAGCGCCGUCGUCUCGGCCGUGCUCUACUGGGUGCUCUGGUACUUUGCGACCGGCCUGCCGACCGAGAGCUCGACCUCGGGCUUCGUCUUCCUCAUGACGCUGCUCUUCUUCCUCUUCCAGACGAGCUGGGCGCAGUGGAUCUGCGCCUUUGCGCCCUCCUUCACCGUCAUCAGCAACGUCCUGCCCUUCUUCCUCGUCAUGUUCUCCGUCUUCAACGGCGUCUUCGUGCCCUACCAGCAGCUCGUCGUCUUCUGGCGCUACUGGAUGUACUACGUCAACCCCUCGACGUACUUUGUCGGCGGCGUCCUCUCGAGCACCCUCGUCGGCCAGGAGGUGCGCUGCGCCGACACCGAGGCCGCGCACUUCAAGCCGCCGUCGGGCCAGACGUGCGUCGACUUUGCCGGCGACUUCGUCGCCAAGGCCGGACGCGGAUACCUGAUCGACCCCAACGCCACCGACAUGUGCGCGUACUGCCCCUAUGCCGAUGGCACCCAGUACCUGGCCUCGCUGCACAUUGAGCCUAGCCAAAAGUGGCGCGACUUUGGCAUCUUCCUGGCCUUUUGCAUCAGCAACUGGGCUCUGGUCUACUUCUUCAUCUACACGGUCCGCGUUCGUCGCUGGUCGUUUGGUUUCGGCUACUUGUUCAAAUGGUUUUAA